AUGCCAGAAUAUUAUCAGGAUUACACUGGUGCAAUAAUCCGAGCAAGAUGGAUGCUCGAGGGUGAAAUCGGCGCUGGAGGCUUUGGCCAAGUCUAUCUAGCCACCGAUCUCAAAACAAACACAAUCGUCGCCGUCAAAACCUCCCCCCUCAAAACAAACCCCAACAACAGCGCCAGCGCCGAAGGCAGCCUCCAGCACGAAUCCGCCUUUUACAAAUACCUCGGCGAGCAGACCGGCAUCGCCACCCUCCACGACAUCGGCACCAAUGACCUCUACAGCAUCGAGUUCAUGGUCUGCGACCUCCUCGGCGCUUCGCUGUGGUGCUUGCUCGGACGCUGCGGGCACCGCUUUUCGCUCAAGACGACGCUCAUGCUGGCGGACCAGCUGAUUUCGCGCGUGGAGAUGCUGCACUCGAAGAAUAUCGUGCAUCGGGACUUGAAGAUGGAAAAUAUCGUCAUGGGCUUUGGUAAGGAGGAUGGAAAGACGGCGUAUAUUCUUGAUUUUGGCCUGUCUGGGUAUUUUCGGCCCCAGAGCGAUUAUAAGACUGCGCCUGGGUAUUAUAUUGCUGGAACUAUGGAGACUGCUUGUAUAGCAUGGCAUUUGAAUCGUCCUCAAUCUCCCAAAGACGACCUCGAAUCACUCGCCUACGUGCUCAUCUAUCUUUUCCGCGGCUACCUCCCCUGGACAACCGACGGCGGCUCUCUCAUCGAAUCCUACUCAUCCGAACGCACCCUCAAGCUGAAGCUCUCCUUACCCAUCGAAAUCAUCUGCAAAGACAUGCCCUCCGAGUUUGCGAGACAUCUCAAAUACGCCCGGUCCCUCAAGUAUGAGGACACGCCAAACUACGGUAAGCUGCAAGACAUGUACCGGCGACUGAUGAAGCGCAUGGGGUAUCAGUAUGACGGCGUGUACGACUGGGACUUGAAAGACAGGAAUAUCGAUGAGAUCAAACAGCCAUCUGGUGUUAUCAUACCAGCCUCUGCACAAGACAAACCAUUGGAACAAGAGAAGCCUGUACCACAAAGCGAGUCUUUAAUUCCAGAGACACCUUUGGCUCAAAAUAAGCCUUUGGCACAAAGCAGCCCCUCACCAAAAGACAACCCUCUCAAGCGAAAGAACCUCGAAGAUGACAAAGAAAAUGUUGAACAAGAGGAUGAACCAGAGGAAAUCACACAACCCGCCAAAAAACGCAAAAUCAUACUCAUCAAAGCAACCGACGAAAAGCAGCCCGCACUAAGGCGCCGGGGCAGACCACCCAAAGCACAGCCCAAACAAGCCAUCACAAAGAAUGCGCAAGAAGCGGCCAUGACCACUAAAAAGGUCGCCGAGACCAAUGAGGUUACAAACAAAAAGGCUUCUCCGAGGAAGAAGCCGGUGGCUCGAAAGAAAGCGUGUGAAUGA